GACUCGACGGAAGUACGCCGCGGCUUCGCGCAGCUUAUCACGCCGCAGUGUUCGCACAUUUUCAUCGAUGGGUCGUUCGAGAGGAUCUCUUCCAGCUUCUUCUCGCUCCAUCGCCGCAUCUUCAGCAUCCUUCGACAUUUUCCGGAACACGUGCGGACAUUUUGCAAGUUCUAAGUUUAGGGUGUCAGGCAACCCUACACGAAUUUCGUAUUCAGUUCAUAAUUAAACUUGUUAUUAAGCAAAUACAUUGGUGAAAGUGGGAGCGAAAGUUGAAAGAAAAGUCGAAAGAAACGGGCACCUGCAGCGAAUUUCAAGUGCAAGCAUGUUUGCCAUGCGUGUGGAAAACCUGACGAUCGUUCCCGACAGAUACGAUUUCAGUUUCAUGCCGAGUUGACAAUGUCUCAAAUUAUGGUCGAAGCUUUUGCAAGAAGUUUAAUCGAUAGGAUAAUGCUGGAAGCUUUCGACGCGAUUGAUACAAAUGACGAGAAAUUACAAACGCUGGAUGAUGAAGAAGAACGUGGUAUCCAAUCGCAGAGCACGCGAACGGUACAGCAAAUACAAAAUUGUUUGAGCAGAGAUUGCAACGGGUCAGAAACCACGGAAGCAAUAGAAAAGAUGGUGCUCGGUUUACGUAAUCUGCAAAUUGGAGAUUCGACUUCCGUGCCAUAUCACCUGUCCAAGUUAGAGAAACAGGUCAAGCACGUGGUGCGUAGCAUCGACGGUGUUUCACGCGAAGCCACGGCCGAUUUUAUAGAAACGCACCGAACUCAGGGUGAAGGCGAUGUGCAUCAAAUAGUCCACGAUGCAGUUAUCGAAACCACGACUGAGCCAAUACCUAUCGCCGAGGGGAAGGAACUCGAUGAUUCGAACGAAGCGACUAGAGUAUCUACCAGUCUGCUCCAUCGAAUGAUCGAGGAACUCGAAACGAAAGUGGAAGAAGAAUCCGAGCAGAAGACGGAGGCUGUCAGCAAAGAAAAGAUCGAGAUUUGGGAGGAAACGGAGGAACGAUUCAUAAGAACCAUCGAAAGUGUCGACGAUCCUGAUCAAAGUGGCAUGGAUCUCGCGAACGAGAACGACGUCCGGAACAGCGUGUGUAACUUCGCGUACGAAGAAAUCACGUCUUCAACGCCUUUCGUGAAAAGUGUCUCGUUGGAGGAGGUAACGAUCGAAGAGGUUACAUCCUCGCCGAUGCCCGUAACAUCCGGUAGAUCGAAGAAGAUGAUCCACAGCGAAACGCAGUCGGAACUGCUAAAGAGAAAGGGUAUUCUAAGUAGAACGCGGAAAUUAUUACGAACUAUGUUCGGCCGUCGGAAGAAAUGAUUUCAACAUCAGUUCAUCGUUCAAGUUCUUUCCUCGACGGCGUUACGGAACGAUCGGAUUAUAACGCAACGUUUAAGCGUAAACGUUGAGUGAACUUACUUCUUUCUAGAGGGAAAAUCGCGCUCGCUGUCUGCGUCUCGAGCUGAUAAAAAUAACUGCCAAGUUUAGUCAUCAGCUGGCCGCGCGUACAGCGUGGUCUAUGUACUCUUACACGAAGUUACGUGAAAUAAAUUCCACGCGUUCCUAGGACACCGUGGAGGAAAUGAUGUAUGUUAAAAAAUUUUUAUAUAAUACAGUGACUUUUUUUGGUAAACACACCAGAGUAUUUUUGAUAUUUUACCGAACGAUCGGCGUGAAAACGCGAUAAAUCGGCGUUUAUUAAGGGGCGCGAUGAGGUUGAAGGCCGUUCGGUGUGUAUUUCCGUUUGCAACCUGCGAUCCGG